CAGAUAGAAAAGAGAGUAUUAAAAACAGACAGGGGGCGAAAGAAUCGCCUUGUAUAUAAGCCAAGGAAUCCAAAGCCUGGAAGACGAGAGAGACAGAGAGGACCUCCGCGAGCGACGGCGAGCGGUUGUUCUGGUGGUGGCGCUAUCGAACGGACAUAGAGCUGUUAUGGCAGAUCCUAACGACUCUGUUUCCGUCGACAUGGAGAAGAUCUAUCUCGGCGGCAAGGAGUAUCAUGUGCGAACUGGCCAGGGUUCUGUGUCUGUAAUAGUCUGUGGAGACCAAGACAAGCCGCCAUUGAUUACUUAUCCUGAUUUGGCUCUAAAUCAUAUGUCAUGUUUUCAAGGAUUAUUCUUUUUCCCCGAAGCAGCUUCGUUGCUACUACAUAACUUUUGCAUUUAUCAUAUCAGUCCUCCAGGACAUGAGUUAGGAGCUGCUGAGAUUUGUCCGCACGAUCCUUCGCCCUCCGCCGACGAUUUAGCAGAUCAAAUUCUUGAGGUUCUCAACUAUUUCGGACUUGGUGCAGUGAUGUGUAUGGGGGUAACAGCCGGCGCUUACAUUCUUACUCUUUUUGCUUUGAAAUAUAGAGAACGAGUUAUUGGUUUAAUUCUUAUAUCCCCCUUAUACAAGUCGCCUUCUUGGUCCGAGUGGUUCUAUAAUAAGGUAAUGUCAAACUUGUUAUACUUCUAUGGCAUGUGCGGUUUGUUGAAAGAGUGCUUGCUUCAGCGAUACUUCAGCAAGGAAGUCCGUGGUAGUGCCGAAGUUGCAGAGUCUGAUAUCGUUCAAGCUUGUCGAAAAUUGCUAGAUGAGAGACAAGGCAACAAUGUUUUGAGGUUCCUUCAAGCAAUUAAUAGAAGACCAGACAUCACCGAAGGGUUGAAGAGGCUCCGGUGUCGUACUCUCAUUUUCGUCGGGGACAGUUCGCCUUUCCAUUCUGAAGCACUUCAUAUGAUUUCAAAACUGGAUAGAAGAUAUAGUGCCUUGGUUGAGGUCCAAGCUUGUGGAUCGAUGGUAACCGAAGAGCAGCCACACGCAAUGUUAAUACCUAUGGAGUACUUCUUCAUGGGGUACGGGUUAUAUCGACCAUGCCAGUUCAAUGGCAGUCCACGAAGUCCGCUCAGUCCAUCUUGCAUCUCCCCAGAGCUCCUUUCUCCAGAAAGCAUGGGACUAAAGCUAAAACCUAUAAAAACCCGCAUUUCUUAAACGUCGUGACAGGUAGAAUUCGAAACGAAGAGGGGAUUCAAACGUCGGUCGGUCUGUCUGUCUCCGUCAUUCCAAGUUUUUCUUUUCCAGAUUUUGGAUUCGAUGAAGGGCGUCUGUAGAUAGGGAGAGAUGCAAGUUUAAAAAAAGAGUGUUACAUGGAUGAAUGAUGACGAUGAUGGGUAAAUAACAACACACUAUAAUAGGGAGAAAAACAUUCAUUCUUUUGUAGUCAUCAGACAUAAAAGAGUUCAAUCUGACCAAAGUAUAUUUAUUCAUCAAUGACAUUGAGCUGAGCUGAGCUGAGCUGCUGCUGCUGGUUGUAUAUGUAUGUUUUUAAUAUUGCAAUACAGAUUGAAUGAAUGCUAGCUGGGAUUCACUGAAUAA